GUGCAGAGUGAGCACACACACCUGCAAAAAAUGAGCACGUAGAAGAAGACGACUACUUCCGGGACAAAUAAAACACAUGGGAUCAAAACCUCUCAGAAUCCAGUCAUGACAAGAUGGGCGAGAGCUAACAAUGUCCAUAAACACAAGCCAGCAGAGGCCACUCCAUGGAGUCAACUCAGAGCAGCAGGAGGAGGAGGAGGAGGGGCAGGACAUCACUCAGGAGGCUCCACAGGGGCAAGACAAGGACCCCAGAAGGAGCAUUUGAGAAGGACUCAGCCUAAUGGCUCAGCUGUGAAAAAACCAAACCGUAAGAAAAAGGACUAUGCCAAUGAGGAUGUGAAUGGCUUUCUGGAAUAUCUCCAGCAAACUGGGCAGUCGCUGCCCAAAUCAGAUAAAGGAGGGAAGCAGGAGGAGCAGGAACUCAGGGAGGAGGUGGAGGUGGCUCUGAAAAAAGACAAAAGGAGAGAGGACAGACGGAUAAAGAGGCAGAAAGACAAGAAGAACAAAAUGCUUUGUUUUAACUGUAGAAAGCCAGGUCACGGUUUGGCCGACUGUCCAGAGGCUGACAGAGACGAGGAGAUGGGCCGAGGUAUCUGCUUCCGCUGCGGCUCAACUGAACAUGAAAUCCACAAAUGCAGAGCUAAAGUGGACCCUGCUCUGGGUGAAUAUCCAUAUGCAAAGUGCUUCAUCUGUGGUCAGACUGGACACCUGUCGCGGUCCUGCCCAGAUAAUCCUAAAGGACUGUACGCACAAGGAGGUUGCUGUCGUGUUUGUGGCUCAGUGGAACAUUUUCAGAAAGACUGUCCAGAACAUCAGGCUGCAACCAACUCUUUGACAGUGGGCUGGUUGUCCAAUAAUAUGAGUGCAGACCAUGAGGAUGUACAUGUUCCAGUAAAGAAAGCCAAACCCAAGCAGACCAAGGUCGUUGUCUUCUGAUCUGCUCCGAGUAUCUCUACAUUUAGACUCCCACUCAGGUCAAAGAAGAUCUGUGCAGCAGUCUCUCCACAACAGAUUCCCCAUAUUUCAGGCAAACAGCACUAGACAAAACCUCAACUGUAAUAACUGGACUCAUUACAAUUCACAGUGACAUUCUGAUUCCCUUUUAAUUGUAAUUGAAGUUUUGCAAUAAAUCAGUGAUGUAAGCCUUA